GUAGUAUAUCCAACAGCGGGAAGGACGUUCUAUUAUGGCGGGCUAGAUAAGAUGCUAGCUCUUAGCUUAUUGCACGAUUAGUCUAUAGAAUGACAUAAUACACCUAAAAGCACUCCAGAUGGAGGUGGAUACUGGCUCUAUAGCCAAAUGUGCACCGGAACUGUAUGACAUCGCUUCCACACUAGUUAACGUCGAGGAAGUCACAGAUAACAAAGCAUUCAAUGAUUUUAAACUAUCGAAGCCAACUAUCGACAUGGUCAGUUCAGUUACCGAAGCAGUAGUUUCUGAUCCAGACCCUAAGGCUCCCCAAAACCGUGAUAAUACGACUGCAGAACCUUCAGUUACCCCUGUUGUUGUGAAUAACAAUGUUGGGAAGUACCGUCUCUUACGUACUAUAGGAAAAGGAAAUUUCGCAAAAGUCAAGCUUGCUAUUCAUAUGGCCACUGGUGUGGAAGUUGCCAUAAAAAUAAUUAAUAAGACCGUCAUGGAUAAUACUCUCCUCAAACGCCUUAAACGUGAGAUAACUAUCAUGAAAGUUACAAAUCACCCAAACAUUGUCAAACUACUCGAGAUAAUUGAAAAUGAAGAUGUUCUCUGUCUUGUUAUGGAAUAUGCUAGUGGAGGUGAAAUAUUUGACUAUCUUGUCGCGAAUGGAAAGAUGUGUGAAAAGAAGGCACGUGUAAAGUUCAGACAGUUACUCUCUGCCAUGCAGUAUUGUCAUGCAAAACGAAUUGUCCAUCGAGAUCUGAAAGCAGAAAACAUCUUGCUCGACCAGAACUUAAACGUUAAGGUUGCUGAUUUUGGCUUGGCCAACACCUUCGAAUCUGAUCAAAGGUUGACUACUUUUUGUGGUAGUCCUCCAUACGCUGCUCCAGAACUGUUUUUGGGGAUUCCGUAUUAUGGACCUAGUGUAGAUAUUUGGUCUCUCGGUGUGAUUCUGUUUACUUUGGUUUUGGGACAUCUCCCGUUUGAUGCACGUGAUCUUCGUGAACUUCGGAGCAAAAUCUUGGGAUUGCACUACACUAUACCUCGUGGUGCCGUUUCUCCAGAAUGCGACACACUGUUAAGAAAAAUGUUAGUUCUUGACCCUAAAGAUCGUUCAUCUUUAAAGUCUUUGAUGCUUGACAAGUGGGUGAAUAUGGGCUACGCUCCAGAUGAUCAUCUUCGUCCCUAUAGAGAAGUACCAAAAUCCCAACUGGAUGAUAAUCGUGUGAAAGCUAUGGAAGAAAUGGGGUUUACAAGAGCUGAUCUGGAGUCAUCGGUAGUUAAUCCUGCAUUCGACCAUGUGUAUGCAACUUACCACUUAUUGCCCGAAACCCCAUCUCAGUUUGUUGAGCUUUGUAAAGACUUGGCUCCUGGAGCGGUUGUUUCACCAAAUACCAUCGCAUUACCUAACUCUCUGCUUACUCACAAUCAGGAGACUAAGUCGACUCAUAGUUGUUCUUCCGAGUCAUCAGAAUUACCUGUCUCUACGAAGCCGACUGCUAUUGGACGUUUCACAGUGGCUCCAAGUAAUAAAGUCAAUGAACCUACUAGUCAUUCUUCAUCUGGACGUUGUGCUCGGGGUAGCUUGACAUCUGAAUCUAACCAAGCUUCAGCACACCAUAAGAAUGUACAUAAUUUUGAAUAUGGGAAUCGAGAACAUCAUUCGCUUACAUCCGCACUGCCAAAUACUCUGAAACGAGCAAUAAUGCAAGUUAGUCGGAAUCUCACUGGAGGAGGAACUCCCACAACAAGUAAUGAAGAAAGUAGUAAUCGUGGUACAGCACAAUUAGUUACAGGACGUCAUAAUAAAUCCCAACCAAAAUCUUCUGGAGGUGGAAGGGAUGUUAUCACUGCAGCACCUGUUCCAAUUGGAGCUGUCAAAAAACAUGGGUUUGGUUUGUCUCAACAACAACAGACACAAAAACGUCAGCCUUUAAAUCCACAAAGUGCUUCUCAUUCUCAGAAUCCUACUGUAAGAUCCAAAAGCCCAGCUGUUCGUAAUCAUUCUUCAUCAUCUAAUACCUCUUCUGCGUCAUCGGAAAGUCAUGGAACUCAAAAAAUGAAUAAAGAAUCCUCAGUUGCAAUGAAAGCUAGUUCAGAUAUGAACUAUCGUGGUUCUAUAAACAACACUUGUCGUGAUAACGAUAAAAGCUCAUUACAAGGAACACAGAAACGAAAUAUGAUAGAUGCAAACGGAGCUAAAAUUUCUGGUUCAAGUUGUACUUCAUCUAAUUCUGGUGCUGAAAGCGAACUUCGAGAAAGGGCUACGACAAUUGUUCAAGGCGUUUGCAAAUCAGUUAAUGCUUCCUCUUUGCAUCAUCAACAUUCUACUCCUCAGUCGGUCUUAGAAGCAAAACAGGAAUUUAAAGAGAAUGAUGAUCGUUCUUGUCUAGUAGUACCGGGGAAUAAUAAUGAACUCAUUCACUUCGAACAAACUAAUCUUCGCAAUGAAAAGUCAGAACUCAGUCGUAGUUUAACAACUAUUGAUAAGACAAACCAAAUGACUAACAAUUCGGAUAAAACUGCAAAUGUUCCAUCCCUUAAUCCACAAAUUAAAGUAUUACAUACAGUCCAAGGCACAGAAGCCCUCGCUUUACGUCUUGAAGCUCUGCGUUUACAGUCUGUGAACUCAACGACCAAACCAUCUUCAAAUCCUGAGGCAGCUGCAAACAUAAUUGUGGAUUCCAGUCAUCAAGGUUCAUGGGGCCGUGGUGUUCUAAAGGCAUUAGGUGGAUUCUUUGUACAAAGGUAUGCUAGUCUUUUGUUAAUUAAAACUGUAUAUGUCCGCUGAGUUCUUAUUUUCUCGUAUCUGUUGUUUUGUUAAAGAAGAAAUAAAUUUUUCUCUAAUAUAAAGCAAACAUUUAUUCCCUUAUGUCUAGGUGAUGACUUGUUUGAAUAUACUGACAUUCAUUGAAUACAUGGAUGUAUUUAAUUCAUACAAACUGUUACACCCACAGUACGUGACAAGUCUUCAACCAGUAGAUCUACUGAAGGACGUCCGGAUAAUCAGUCGUCCACCCGACUACUUAAUAAACCACGUGAAGUCAAGUUCCCUUGGAGUGUAUAUACUACAAGCACAAAAUCAGCAGAAGAACUCCUUCAGUCCAUCAUACAUGCCCUUGAAGUCACUCCUGGUUGUCGUUAUUCACAUGACCCUCACCUUCCUUUUUUAUUGCAGUGUUCCUGGGCAGCUGAUCGACCUGCUAUCAAAAAGUCUGAUUCGGAAGCUGCUUGUAAAGAUCAAGCUAACACAUCCUUUUCUGGACCCCUUGAGGUUCCAAGUCACGGUGGACUUUUACGUGGAGAUCCGGUACAUUGGGAAAUGGAAGUAUGUCAGUUACCACGGGUUCACCUGCGUGGUGUCCGACUGAAACGAAUACGUGGAUCAACACUACAUUUUCGCCCAAUCGCUGAUCUUGUUAUGAAGUCGUUGCGUUUGUGAUACCUUAUUAGAAAUCGUUGCAAUAAAUAUACAGAUAGCUCAUGGUAAACUAUCACUUAUAUUUCAGUAAUGUAACAUGAACAAAAAAUGGAAAAAUAACUUCAAACCUUAUAGAACCAGUUCAUUGGCUUAAUAUAUUUCAUUUAUUUUAUGCGUCCCGUUUUUACUAUACUGAUGUCAAACUUGGUAUGCAGUUUUAAUGACUGCUUCCCUACACAUGUUAUUUAAAAAAUAUGCAAAAUGAGACUUCAUUUCAGAUUCAAUCACAAUCCCAUGUACAGUUUUAUCUACCGGUUCACAAAAUUUGAAACUCCAGUUCAUCAUUUGUGUUUUGUUUUGAAACAUUAAUUUACCAAUAAUUAUUUUCUGUUAUCCAUUCAGUCUAUCACAUUUUCUUUUAUCGAUUUCUUUGCUUCUCUCUUUCUGAUAUUUUUACUAGAUUAACUCAUUCUUUUGCAAUUCUGUAAAAUUAUAGGUUGUUUGGAAUAUAUAUAUUUGCACAUAUAUAUUUGCUAUCACUAGUUAUUUUUAUUUCCCAUUAAUACACACUCUAUCGCUCACAGUAUAGUGCUCCUUCUCUUUACUGUAUUCUUAACUAUUUUCCUAUGUAAAUGUUUAGACGAUUAACUUUCAUCUCGUUCCGUAUAAAAACUUUCAAAUUAACGUAAUAAAUGAUCUUUUUAACAUAGAUUAAAGUCUCGUACGUAUGAUACUGAUACGCUUAAUAAUAUUCUGAUUCACUUAAUAUUUUACGCGUUAAUCUAUAAUAACUAUUAUUAUUAUUACUAUUAAGGUUUCAAUUUCACAUGCAUAAAUAUUUCUGUAUUUAUCUGCCUUGUGGUUUCUCAGUCUAUCUAUUAUUUUUUUCUUUAAAUCUACUGUACUACUAUCAAUAAAUCUUUUAAUUAAGAUUAAUAUUUAUUUGUGAAAUUUACGGUUUGUCAGUUAUUUGACUUAAAUGAUUUAUUAUCUUUCUAAUUAUAACUCAAUUUUCUAAAUAUUCUCAAGAAGUUAAGCACAAUAUAGACCUAGUGUCAUUAUAUUAGGCUGAAUAACAUCGAAUGUUCUUUUCAUAAUUUGUUUCGAUAGAACUACUCAAGUUCUUAAUACACCUUGUUUUCUUAGAUUCCAUUUCCCAAUCAAGCUAAGUUUCGCAUGUAUGAAAUAUAUCUCAUAGUAAAUUUAGUUCAAAACAUUAGAUUAAUCGCAUAUUUCAGGUAGUCGCUUUGAGAAUAAUCUUUAUAUCGUCGUAACCUCCACAUUACAAUUUCUAAUAUACAGAGUAUUGAUCAAUG